AUGGAAAAUAGGCAGCUGGCAAAAAUAUUUACCGAUGACGAGGGCCAAAUUUUUGAACAAGUUGAAGAGCUCAAUGAGGAGCUUCGUGAACUCUCUGACGCCAAGCGUAAACUUGCGCUCCUCAAGGACGUAAGAAUGGACUUCUGCAAAGUGCACAUUUUCAUAGAACAAAUAAUUGUAUGUAGCUGGCAGCAGUCUGCUUUUGUACUUGGUGAGUUUUAG